CCAUGAAUGCUUCCCAUUCCUUCAUGAAUGCUCUCGGCUGCUCUGCAUUGUUUUCACAGCCUCGCUCCAUCUCUCAGCCGCGCUCUGCUUCUUUUCGCGAGUUGGCCUUUCCCUCGACGGAUACUGGAGGCGAACCUCGAUAUGAAGCGGAGUGUGCAGCUGAUGAAGGAAUGGAGCAUGAACAGCUUUGUGCUUGAAGAAAUAGAGGAAUAAUUAAUAUUGUAGUCUUUAUAUCGCGGAUAGUGUGACAGUUUUUGUUGCAGUUGGAGUUUUCGCAAUGGCCUACGCUUCAAACACCUUCAUCGGUAUUCUUGGGAACGCCGGGCCAGGAUCACCCAAGGUUCAUACUCUUGAAGUCGCGAAGCGCAAGAAAGUGACAUGGAUGGUCAGUGUUGGUGGUUUAUGUUUCUUUUUCUACAUCUUAGGUUCCUGGCAGAACAGCAAUACUGUCGAAAUUAAAUCCGAUUCCUUCCAAGACCAGAAGCUUGUCCGUUCACCCAGCAAAACAAUAGAUGGCCUUGAUUUUGGCACCCAUCAUGACUCACUGAGCGCUGACAGCGGGUCUAAUUACACCACUUUCGAACCUUGUGACAUGAAAUACAGCGAGUACACCCCUUGUGAAGACAUUGAACGUUCUUUAAAAUAUCCACGGGACAAAUUGAUUUACAGGGAGCGUCAUUGCCCCGAAAAAGACGAGCUCCUCAAGUGUUUGAUUCCUGCCCCAGCUGGAUACAAGAAUCCUCUCCCAUGGCCUCAGAGUCGAGAUUAUACUUGGUUUGCCAACACACCUCAUAAAGAACUGACAGUUGAGAAGGCGAUCCAAAAGUGGGUGCAGUUGCAAGGAGAGAAACUAUACUUUCCAGGAGGUGGAACUUUCUCUGCUGGAGGUGCUGAGGAAUACAUCAACAGUAUUGCAGCCCUAAUCCCUCUUAAUGAUGGAUCCAUCCGAACAGCCAUAGAUACUGGUUGUGGGGUGGCUAGCUGGGGCGCAUACUUACUGGAGAAGAAUGUAUUAACCAUGUCGUUCGCACCACGGGAUACACAUGUUUCUCAGAUCCAAUUUGCAUUAGAGAGAGGUGUUUCGGCGAUUCUUGGCAUAAUGGCCGAGAACCGAUUGCCAUACCCAGCACGAUCUUUUGACAUGGCACACUGCUCUCGUUGCCUAAUUCCGUGGGCCAAAUACGAUAGUUUGUACUUGAUUGAGGUCGACCGUGUGUUGAGGCCGGGCGGCUUUUGGAUCCUUUCUGGACCACCUAUAAAUUGGAGAUCGCAUUAUAAGGGUUGGUCACGAAGUCAAGAGGUGUUGAAAGAUGAGCAAGAUAGCAUUGAAGACGCAGCUCGACGUAUAUGCUGGAGGAAGUAUGCUGAGAGGGAGAAUCUUGCCAUCUGGCAAAAGCCUCUGAACCACAUUGUGUGUGAGCAACAGCGGCAGCGUGAUCGUAACCUGCGCCCCCAUAUCUGCAGCAAGGGUGAAAACCCUGACUUGGCCUGGUAUCGAAAGAUGGAAACGUGUAUAACUCCCCUACCAGACGUCACGGACACAAAAGAAGUUGCUGGUGGCGCUCUUGAAAAAUGGCCCGCGAGGCUAACAACAGUGCCACCUCGAAUCGCAAGCGGUUCAAUUCCAGGGAUGACUGCUAAAAGUUUUAGGGAUGAUACUCUGCUAUGGGACAAACGUGUAAGUUAUUACAAGACCCGUCUAGUUACCCCAUUGGCCUCUGGCAGAUACCGGAAUAUCAUGGACAUGAACGCAGGACUUGGAGGUUUUGCCGCCUCUUUGGUAAAGGAUCCAGUUUGGGUUAUGAAUGUCAUGCCUUCCGAUGUUAAGGACAAUACUCUUGGAGUAAUCUAUGAACGAGGACUGAUUGGAACAUACCAAAAUUGGUGCGAAGCCUUUUCUACGUAUCCACGAACGUACGACCUUAUUCACGCAAGUGGCCUCUUCAGCAUGUAUCAAGACAGGUGCGACAUAGUGGAUAUCUUGCUGGAAAUGGACCGAAUUUUGCGUCCUGAAGGGGCAGUAAUAAUUCGUGACGAGGUAGAGGUAUUAAAUCGGGUGAUGAUGAUCUCACAAGGGAUGCGCUGGGAGACUCGUAUGGCGGAUCAUGAGGAUGGGCCUUUGGUACCGGAGAAGAUUCUUGUUGGGGUGAAAACCUACUGGGUAGGAUCCUCAGCGAAUGCAACGGGUGAAAGUCCAUAGGAUGUCACUGGCAUGUAUCAUACCACAAGCUAUAGAUGCUUUUUCUGCCAAUAUUUUUUUACAAGACCGUGUCCCUCAGAUUGUCUACCUUCAAACGAAUUUGAACUAGACCCUAAACCCUAAACCAGAACUGUAAAUCUUUUCGAGGGUCUAUUUCCAAUCAUGUAUGCGUUGUUGAAAAUACUCAAUCUAUGAUCAUUUUUUUAAUCAAUUA